AUCACGCCUCACACAUCUUCCUCCUUCCCUCACUCACGGCUGCUACCUUACUCCUUCCUCCCUCACUCACGGCUGACCCACGAACACCACCAUCAACCGGCAGCCCGGCCACGAGCUCCACCACCAACAGCAACCACUUCUCCUCCUUCCUUUAUUGUUGUUCAAGAUGGCAAGGUCCUUCAAUGGUGAUUGAGGUACUUGAAUAUGAACUACACCCAGAUGGUGCGGAAAUACCUGAGCCUUACACAAGUCCACCGAGAAAGGGAAGACCAAGCACAAGUAAAACCAUGAGAAGGAGAAAAAGUUCAUUUGAAUAUAGCAGAUCAUCUUCUCGUGGUCGAGGGUCUAGAUCUUCUUCCCGCGGGAGAUUUAGUGGCAGAUCUAGUGGUCGAGAGACGCAAUCUUCAGUAGGAAUUAAGUUCAGUUUCAACUUAUCCGAUGAUCCAGGAGGUCGUGAUUUCUUACAGUUUCCAUGGCCUAAUAACAUCCCAUUCAUCCUUCCUCCUUACUUGUUCGACUGGAUUGAUGUGUUAGGUGAUGGUAACUGUGGAUUUAGAGCAAUUGCUGUCACAGAGCUGGGAGGCGAGGAAGCAUGGCCUCUUUUAAGACGUGCUAUGAGUAUGGAAAUGCAAAUGAACAUAGCGCAAUACCUAACUUUGUAUCUAUCCCAGUAGUCACUAGACGAGGCUAUAUUCAGAAUAGGUUCACACAUCAAUGGACCUGCUCCUUUCAUGCACUGGAUGGAUGCACCGAUGGCUUUGUACUCUGCAGCAACAUUUCUAAACAUUGCCAUUGCUUGUUAACGUUCUGCUGACGGUAAUUCGCAAUACAACUGUUUGGUUCUUCCGUUAAGGAAAGCACCGAGCGUGAAUAGUGUAAAUAAAGUAAUAGAUAUAUGUUGCGUUAAUGGAAAUCAUUUUGUUCAACUUUUAAUGAACGACGAUUCAUCCCCUCUUCCGCCGAUCCAUCAACGUUGGAAACAAGCAGCUGACAAUUUCACCAAACAUCUUGACACACAUUUCACUACGAGGAUUAUGCUCUGGAAUAAUCUACGCGGGCCACGAUCAUGAUCAACUAAUAA